UUUCUUUUGUCGAGAAGUGUGGCCUGGAACGAAGAUGAUAGAUACCGGAGAUUUCGCUAAUUAAACGCAGUAUCCAAGUGUCGAGCUUCACUGGGCCGAGCGACAGCCUGGAUUAUGCACUUGUUGAGCGAGCGAUGCAACCCGAGCUUUCAGUUGAUUGAAUUGUGGAAUAUACGAUUCCGUUUACGUGGAUACCCUUAAUUAUUAAAUCCAAAUCUAUUAAAAGUUGCUUGAGAAAAAAAAAAGAAACUUCGACCUCGCGAAGCACACGUGGAAAUUCGGUUAGCUCUGGACAAAGGAAAAAUAGCAUUACGACGACGCUCGCAAAGAAACAUUUCACGUCGAAGAAGCAGAAGAAGAGACAAAAUCGAGCAUCACGAUAUCGGUGCGGAGAGAAGGUGAAAGUUAUUGUGCGAGAUUGUACUCGAAGGAGCGGCGCACAGUGGUAUGAUUCGAAAGUUCAAAGUUGGAAACAGAAAAAGUUUGUGACUCUCAUUACCGUUGGCCGGAAGAUGUAAAACUCAGGAGGAGAAAAAUCAAACCCCCUCCAAGUCGUCGUAGGCGAGAGUGUGAGAGAGCAUUCUUUUAUAGAGAAAGGGAGCAGCAGCCUCCAGUUUUCGCAGCGAACCGUCAGCUCCACCUCCGUAAAAGUGUUACCCCAAAGAGCAGCCAGUAGCAGCAGCAGCAGCAGCAGCAGCAGGAUGAGGCGCCAGUCGUUCUCGUCGAGUCUGUCGUCCGGCAGCGGCGGAGCGGGCGAGCCGCUGAUCGUCGUCGAGGAGAGCACCCUCGGCGAGGAGGAAGCCGAACGCCGACGCAACGAGUCACCGCCGCGCUGCCUCGACCCGGACUCGCCCUCGCUCAAUCCGUACCUCCUCUCGCCGUGGCGCGAGGCGCGCAAGCACUCCCUGCCCACGCCCCAGUGCACCUCCGGCAUCACCGCUUCUCAGGUGCGCCGGCUGAGCGAGCGGGGCGGCGAGGGCUCGGGACCGUCGCCGCGCGAGGCCGCCUUCCUCGCGACGCUGUCGCAGUCGACGCCACCGCAGCCUGGCGGCAGGAGGCACUCGGUCGUGACGAUCUCCCGGGUACCGCCGACCCUCUUCGGCAGGAACAGGCGCGAGUCCAUCGCCGCCUUUCCCAUGGGCGGCGCCACCAGGAUACUCGGCUCGAGGAGGGAAUCGGCCUCGGGACUCGCCUCGGGACCGCCGAGCAACAGCGGCAGCACCCACAACCUCCAGCUCGACAUCAUGGACGACAUCGCCGAGAUCAAGGCUGCCAGGAAGGUCCGACUAAAAAUGUGGAAGACCCCGUCGCACGAGCGCGUCUGCGAGGUCCAGCCCCUGGAGGGCAACGGCUCGGGGACCCAGCGCUACACCCAGUACCAGCAGCGUCGCUACUCCGACUUCGCGCUCACGACGAUCCCGUCCCUGCCGACUCCCGGUGGAGCCGCCUCGACGCGUCGUCGAGCCUCGGAGAUGCCGCCGCGUCCACCCCUGAUCACCGGCCCACCGCCACCCGUACCCCCGAGGUCCGGACUGUCCGGACUGUCCGGAGCGCCACAGCAGUCGGGGAUCGUCUGCACGAACACGGACCUCAUCUCGAUACUCAGCUCGCUCACCUCGUCCGCCACGGAGAUUAACAGGUGCGGCGCCGAGGACGAGAAGGACCUCAAGCAGGCCAAGACGAUCGAGCAGAAGAGGAACAGGCUGAAGAGCAGCCGGUCGAACAGCUUCGACGUGUCGAUACUCCACGGCUGCGGGGACGGCAAGCAGGCGAGCACCGCAGCGCUGCUCAGGGGCCUGAGCCAGGCGAACAACGCGUCGGUGAUGUCGCCCUCCUCGUGGUUCGUCAAGCGGCACCAGCCGAUGGCCAAGAAGCAGAGGAGCGUCGAGUCGCCCUCGGUCACGCUCAGCUUCAAGUUCGAAAAGUCGAGGAUGGUCAAGGCGGUCAAGGACAGCCUCGCCAAGACCUCGCCGACCAAGGACGAGCUCGCGGGGGUUAGGCACAAGGUCGUCUGGGACGACACCAGCGGUACCAAAGUCGACGCGCAGGUCCUGGGCAACGCCAUCGAGGAGUUCCUGCGCAGCGGCGUCACCGGCGAGUCCAGCGAGGCCUCGGAAAGCUCGAGCAACAAAUCGGCGAUAUCUCCAUCGGGAAAGCCUCUGCGCGGCAGCAUCUCAGCUGGGCCCGCCGGUAAAGUGGCGGCCUGGUUUACCGGUGGCAACGCCUCAAGCGCCGGCAGCGCCACCUCGGGAACCGGUAACGCCGGCAAAGAGGACGAGCAGACCGAUUCCUGCGAGCCUUCGAUCUGCUCGUCACUCAAAGAUCUGUUCGUCAAGUGAAAGCCGUGGGAUGUCGUCAGGGCGUAAACGGUUAUUCGCUUUAAUUGAAUCUUGCGUUAUAUAUUAUAUAAUACGUGACGGAGAUUUGCGAGAGAGGGAGAGAGAGAGAGAGAGAGAGAGAUCGUCUUUGUAUACUCUAUUCUUUGGUUUUCUCGUCGGAGGGCAAUAUAUAGAAUAUACAUGGGUGUUUGCCUUCGCUAUAUAAAAUGCUUGCUGAUAUCGCAGGGGCGAGCGAACGUUAAUAUAUAAUUAAGUUUUAUACAGAGAUACUGAGCCAAAAAGUCAAGCACUCGACUAUACACUAUUUAAACACUCGCCGAUCGAAGAGACACGAGCCGAUUGCUCAGGGCACUGCAAUGGAGAUUCGAUGGAACUGCGGAUGAAUUAUGCUUUGCUUCCAUAUGUAUAUUUUUAGUUCUUUUUGACCGACAAAAAUAUGACAACGUGUUUUUCGUUAUGGUAGGCCGUACCGUAUAUUUCUGUGAUUCAAACAAAUACGCACAUGAAAUCGUUUCGUCGAAUCUCGACUUGCUAAUCCCACUAUGUAUACUCGAGCGAGAAAAUACGCAACAGUGUCGCGCGGAAAAAAAAGAGUCAAGGUGAGAUAGUAAGGUUGUAAUCGUGUAUAAAUCAAAUCUCUAUUGCAAAGCGUGUAUAUGUGAGCAAACAAAAAAAAACUGUAAAUCGCCUAGAACCUCGAGACGGUGAGACCCGCUCCAAUAGUGAUAAAUUAUUUUUUGUAGCGUAAAGAAAACUCAGAUGACUUAACGAGAAAAAACAAGAUAAAAAAAUAAUAAUAACGACGAGAGAUAUAACAAGAAGCAUGUUUGCAGAGAAAAAUAUAAGUGUAAAGGAAUUCUAUGAGGUGCAGCGUAAUAAGCCAGGAUAUAACGGAAUAAACUCAGAGAAAACAGGAACGAAAAAAAAAAACGAUUAUAUAAUCUGCCUUCGCUGGUCGAAGGGGGAUAUCCGCGCAUAAUUCCAAUAAAUAUCUAACAAUAAUAAAGCAGCAGGUAACUUGUGUAAUAUAACUAUAUCAUAAUCAAAUUUAUAAAUGUUGCGAAUAAUGAUUCGAUGGUUCGGAGAAAAUUUUACCCCCUGUUUCCCGGUACCUCAAUACAUACCAAAAAUUAUACAAUAUACCAGCCCCAUUAUACCAUGACCCGCGACGUUUGUAUAUGUAAUAUUGACUUAUAAUAAUUAUAUGUUGACAAUUUUAUUAAGAAAUAAUUCUGUAAUUCGCGUGAGCGUUUAUCAAGAGGCGCUUAUCGAGCUCCAUAUAGUGUGUAAUUAUUAUCAUCAUAUACUUGUAUGAUCCGACGGUGCAUAUAACGGUGCGGCGGUUCCAAAUUUCAUUUUUAAAACAGUUGUGCUGAUCGCAAGGAUCAAAGUCGUCGUUGCGUGUGUAUUGUGUAUAAGAAAUUGUAGAAAGCGCGCUUUUUUCAAGAGAAAUGUGUCUAGUCUAGCGUGUCCUCGAUAUAAAUUUUAGCUGUAUACAAGUUCCUUUGUUAAUUAAUUUUAAGUAUACAUACAUGAUAUAUUACGUUUAUUUAUUUAUUUCCCGCUUUUCGAGGUAUCAAAUUUAUGUGCGUUCUAUAGUCUCUUCGUUCAAAUCUCGGUAUCAUAUACCGACGAAUAGGCAUCUACAUGUUCGACUUAGUUCAGCGACAUAGAACGAUGUAAAAUGUAAUUCUUCUCGAUGGAAGUUGGAAAAACAAAAAUAAAAAUUACGGACCACCUUUAUGAAUGUAUAGACAAUCGUUAGUAAGAGAAGAAAAAAUGCAGAAAAGUGCAGUAAUCGUUACACACUAUAUAUCGUUUAAGCGAGUGUAGUUAUCGGCGUAUAUACAGCAUCAGAAGCGAAGAUUGCGUGUGUGUAUGUAUAUAUUAAGAAAACUUCCUCGCGCAGCCUCGGAUGCACAAAAAGUUAAUAAUAACUCUUUAGUUUUUGCCUUGCGGAUAUAACUCCGGUUUACGCCUCGUCGAGCCGUUCGAAACUUUUAAUAACGAUCAGCUGAAACUUCGCUCGUUAAUCAUCGCACGCAUAUAAUUAAUCGGAAAACAAUAGCCCACGAUAUUUUCUCUUGAAAUUACAUAAACUUGACGCAUCGGAGGCUCGCGAUGAAAAGAAGAGAAAAAGAAGCGAGCGCGCAAUGAGCUCGUCGCGAUGCAAAACUGUAAAUAAAUUUGACACUGAAUCGCUUUGAAUGUUCCUCUCGGCGCUAUGGCCACCGAUUGACAAACGGAUAAUCGCCCGAUUGCGUAAUAAUCGCAGAUUUCCGCAUCGUUGCAGCGCAUCAGAGCUGCUAUACACGCAUACAUACGCGAGAGAGCACGUCGUUUCACGUUUCGCCUACUCGGGCGAUUGGAAUUCCUCGAAUCGAACGCACGAGAACGAGAGAUCGAAAGAAAAACGGAAAUUGAAAACGGCGCUUAUACACGCGUCCGUCGAAAUUGAAUCUUUUUGAGAAAAAGUAAUUUGCUCCAGUGCAGCGCUGCGACGAUUGGAGGAAGUUAAGAGCAUUGGAGAGAAAGUGAGAGAAAAACGCAAUCAGCAAUAUAAUUAUACCAGAUAAGGUGGGAGAGAGAGAGAGAGAGAGAGAGAGAGAGAGAGAGAGAGCGAAGGUUUUUUUACGCGAAACCCUUCACAUCUCGAUUAUUGAUUUUGAAAAUUGCGCUCGGCGCUUUUACUGCGCGCCGGCUUGACAUACAUAAUAUAUUUGCUUUGUCGCCUUGAACAAUUUUACAAGGAUAAUAUAUACCGAGAGCUGCGGCAUCGAUGCUAAUAUUUGGUGAUCGAUUAUACUUAGAGAGGAGAGAAAAUAUUUUCCGGUGUAUGCAGUGCUGGUAUUUCAGAUAAAAAUCGUGUUAUGCCGAGUUUUUAAAUUUUUCCGCUAUAACGCUGUCGUGUAUAUAAAGCUUCUAAUACGGUUUCGUUUGUAUAACAGAAUGUUAAAGUGAAAUUUCGACGAUUUUGAAAAUCAAAAUAGUCUAUGAUUACGACGAUGGAGUUGUUUCGUUUAUUCCUCGAGUAUUACGUACGAUAAUAUAUAAAAAGCGUCAAUCAAACUAUGCUUAUAUAACAUUGAAAAGUCACCAAAUUUUCACAUCUUUGCGCGCUACUUGCGUGAUUUUAACUCAUUAUAUAAGUGGCACGCGUCGCCGGACGGUGCGGUUUAGCUGCAUAUUCUAAAAUCGAAUAGUUGUAUCGCGCGAAGGUGCACAGGACGGCAUUACGACGACGUACACCUAUCACGAAUCGUAGAGAUAUCGAUGUUAUCGCUAGAUCCGACUCAUCUGUAUUAAGUAACAUUAAAAAAAGUACAGAAGAAUUACCAAAUGUUGCCCAAAAUAAAUCUUGAAUGUUGGAA